AUGAACAUAAUUAGAGUAAAAUUAAAACAAGUCCAACGUUCUAGUUAUAUAAUAAAGUCACCAUUUUACAGUUCUGUUGUUAUAAAUAAUUUUGAAAUAAAAACAAAUGAAAAAUUGUUAAUUAGUAAUAUUAAUACAAGAAAAGAUGAUAAAUACUUACUUAAAAAUUGCGCCAAUUUUAUGAAUAAUUUUGAAACCUUUUCAAUAAUAUGUUGUGCUUGCAAUGACCCAAAAAAUAAAGUCCAGCUAAAAAAAUCGUUAUGGUUUGCAAGCGUGGGAUUGGAAAUGAAAGAUUUCUUGGAACAUUGCUAUAAAGAUAAUGAGGAAUUAUUAAACGAGAAGAAAAAAAUAUUUGAAGAAGUUGCAAAGAUAGAAUGUCCUGUUAUAUUAAAGGACAAAAACACAGUUUUGAUAGAAAGUGCAAUAGCACCAAAAAAAGUAAUAAACUCUGCAAAGAGGAUGAGAUAUUUUUUCAAUAUUUCCGAAGUCCAUACUUGCAGGAAAUGCAACCAAAAAAAUAAGUGUAAGCGCUUUCUUCAGAAAUAUGCAGGAGAACCAGACUUCUCUGAUUUUGCUCGCGUGUUCAUUGGAUUUUAUAAUAUAUGCAAAGCUUAUAUAAAAAGAAACGAAACGGAUCGAGAAGAAUUAAGACAUAUAGUGGAAAAAGUACAACAUUUUCAUUGUAUUCUUUUUUAUAUAUAUAGCUACAUGAUCAAGCAUAAACAUUUUAACUAUAACAAUGUUGAAGAUGGAAAUAAAAGUGUAAUAUUGAAUUAUUUAAAGGAAAAGAGAAAAAAUAUGUUGCUUAUAAAAAAUCAAAAAGCUCAGGAAAAAAUAUUAAAUAUACCAAAAGAAUAUUCGGAAGUUUUAAUACCAACAGAAAAGGCAAAAAUGAAGAAAAGACAAAAAACAAUUUUUGAAAAAAUACAAAAAUUUAGGAGAAAAUCUCGAAUGUUAGAAGACGAGGAAAAGUUUAUAUGGGUUGAAGAAAAAGAAGAUGAAGAUAUUCAUGAAGAAAAUAAGGGACCCGAAUUCGAUAAACUUUGUAGUACCAAUCUUAAUGAAGAUUAUAAUAUGAUAUAUAAUGAUAAUAAAGAAGAGAGUAGUUUAAAUGAAAUUAAAACGGAAAGCAGUCCAAUGUUACGUUUUCAGUAUAUAGCAAAAAAGUCUAACCAUACAACUUCAAAUAAUAUUUCAAUAUAUAAUAAUUUAUAUAAAAAAUAUUCAGAUCUGCUGGAAAAAAAAGUGUACAUUAAUUUAGAUGAUCAAGGGAUAGACGAUGAAAUAGUGAAAUCAGAAAAUAUUUUGUUUGAAAUUCCAGAAGAAGUUGGAGGAUACACAUUUAUAAAUUAUAUUGAGAAUACACCUAAUAAUUAUAUUUUUCCAAUAAAUGAAAAUCUAUAUAAAGGGGUACAGGUGUAUAAAAGGGAAGAAAUAAAUAUCGGAAGUUUUUGGAGAGGCAUUGAAAAUGAACAAUUAAAUAUAAAAAAAAUUGAUUUCUUUAACCCGUUUAAUAUAAAACAUUAUAACAUUAUUAAUGCCGCUUUAUCUAUUUUGUUAUUUUUAGGAAAUUAUGGACCUAGCAAAUUAUUUAUCCAAUUUCAAUUUUUGAUACAGGAUAUAUCAAGUUUCACAGAAUAUGUGCAUACCAAACAAAAUGCUGAUAAAAAGAAACAGAAAAAAAGACAAAGUAUAAAAGAAUUUGAAACUACAUAUCAAACACAAAAUAUUGAAGAAGAUAAUGAUGAUGAAGAUAAACGAUUUGAAUAUUUCAAAAAAAUGAGAAGUGGCUAUUCCAAUAUGGAUCAACACCAAGAGCUUGUAGAGGAAAUAAAUACAACAUUCAAUAAUGCCUAUAAUGAUGACAAUGAUAAUGGUCGUAAUUACACACAUACAUAUAAUUUGAUAAGAAAAAUAAAUGAAGAUAAAUCAGAAUCCAAUGGUGUUACUUUAUAUGAUAUCGAAAAGGAGAAGAAGAGUCUUAUAGAGGAUGGAAAAAAAGAAUUAAAGUAUAACUCAUUUUACAUAUGCAAAAAUAUAAAAUUCCCGGAACUAAUAAACAAAGAUAAUGAUGUUACAAAAUUUCAAAGCGGGAAAGAUAAGGAUGUUCAGAAAUAUCUUGCUCCAAAAACAGUUAAAAAAAACAGACAAAUUUCGGAACUGCCAGAAGAAGUUAUAAAAGCCAAUUCAACAUCAGGAAAAGGAUUUAAAAGUUUGGAAAUUUUUUUAAAGAAAGAAAACAAAAAAUACAUUCAAAAAAAUAAAAAUGAGCAUGAAGAAAAAAUUUAA